AUGUUGGAACCAGCCUACCAGGAUCUCACGGUUGGGUCCGAGCAGCUGGAGCCCAAACGAGCGCUGCUGAAACGGGACCGAGCCUGCUCCGACCAGGAGACCAACCUGACUGUGGGCCAGUAUGUGCUCUGUCGCUGGUCAGAUGGACUCUACUACUUGGGAAAGAUCCAGAGAGUGAGCACCUCAAAACAGAGCUGCUUUGUGACAUUUGAAGACAACUCUAAAUUCUGGGUGCUGUGGAAAGACAUACAACAUGCUGGAGUCCCUGGGGAGGAGCCCAAAUGUUCUGUGUGUUCAAAGGGGGCGCUCACGCCUGAGAAUGACAUCCUUAUUUGUGGGAAAUGUGGCAUUGGCUACCACCAGCUGUGCCACCUGCCCCCGGUGGAGAGCGCGUCCGAAUUGUCCCCCUGGUUCUGCAGGAAAUGCAUUUUCGCCUUAGCCGUAAGGAAAGGGGGCGCUCUAAAGAAGGGCUCCAUAGCCAAAGCAUUGCAGGCCAUGAAACAAGUGCUGACCUACAACCCUGACGAGCUGGAGUGGGACUCCCAGCAUCGCACCAAUCACCAGCAAUGUUACUGCUACUGUGGAGGGCCUGGAGAGUGGUAUCUGAAAAUGUUGCAGUGUUUCCGUUGUGAACAGUGGUUUCAUGAGGCUUGUACCCAGUGCCUACAUGAGUCAAUGAUGUUCGGCGAUAGGUUUUACCUGUUCAUUUGCGCCGUGUGCAAUAAAGGAGUGGAAUACAUCAAACGCCUGGCUCUCAGAUGGGUGGACGUGGUACAUCUCGCCCUCUAUAACCUGGGUGUCCAGAGUAAGAAAAAAUACUUUGAAUUGGAAGAAAUUCUCAACUUUGUCAGCAGCAACUGGGAACAUUUUCAGCUUGGCAAGCUCGCUAACACCCCUCCCUCUGAGAGAGCCCAGCACAUUCUUGAUGCUCUAAACAACUAUAAAAGCAAGUUUCUCUGUGGAAAGGAAAUUAAAAAAAGGAAAUGCAUCUUUCGGUUGAGGACACGGGUGCCACCCAACCCCCCCUCCAAACUGUUCCCAGAGAAGGCCCAGAGCAGUGAGGGACGCAGGGGGCGUAAGAGGGGAGUGGGCAGGAACAGUAAUUCUGUACCUGCGGAGAAAAGGAGGAAGAAAAGAUCUAAGUGGCUGCUGGAGGAUGCUAUUCCCAACAACGACCUAACAUCAGCCUGGAGCACCAACCACCACAUGGCCAGCAUCUUCGAUUUCACACUGGAUGAGCUGCAGAGCUUAAAGAGUACCAGUUCAGGACGGACGUUUAGUUUGGACCAGGACUCCACAGAUGCGGCCAGCACAUCGGGCUCUGCCACCACUAGUGUCUCCUAUGACUUCCGGAAGAACGUUGGUAGUCGGAAGAGGAAGCUGCCCUCCUCCAACUACACGGUGCUGGCCACUAAGAGGGAGGCAGUGGAGAGCGAACUGAGCCCCAUCGGCCUGGGCGGAGACGAGGGCGCGGCCAUGCUGGAGGGAGGCAUCGACAGCCGUACCUUCGAAAGCAUCAGCGAGGACGACUCCUCCCUGUCUCACCUCAAGUCCUCCAUCACCAGCUACUUCGGCGCUGCUGGACGACUCACCUGCGGGGAGAAGUACCAGGUUCUGGCCCGCCGGAUCACACCCGAGGGAAAAGUGCAGUACCUAGUGGAGUGGGAGGGUACCACACCGUACUGA